AUGGGGAACACCGGCAGCAUACCUGGUGAUGCCAGGAGACGCAACGGCAUCAUCGAUGCUAUGAGUGAGUACCACCGCGACAAAGCGGCUAAAUACCAGAACCAAAUCCAGCCGGGCACAGGGUUUGGAAACUGGGUGGAUAGGAGGGGUAUGGGACAGUAUUACCAGAACAUGCAUAAUCAGUACAAGGUUCAGUAUCAUACUGGCGAAAAGAACAUGUGGAGUAGCUGGCGAACCUGA